UUGAUGACAUUCCUCGUAAGAUUCUGACUAUGGCUAGGUCACAAAGAUUGUGUUGCAUGUUCCUAUUGUCUGUCCUUCUUCAUAGUGCACUUGGAGCUGGUGAUGAUCCCACUAUGGAUAGUACGGUGGAAUGUCCAGUACUGGCACCCAUUCCAAACGGAGCUAUUACAUAUGAUACAAUUGCUCCUUUUAAUGUGGAUACAGUGGCUACUCAUACUUGUGAUCCUGGUUUCAUUCGAGUGUUCGGAUCUGAGACUCGAACGUGUUUAGCUGGAGGGAUAUGGUCUGGCCUGAUUCUUGCGUGCAGACCGGUGGAAUGUCCAGCACUAGAUCCCAUUCCAAACGGAGCUAUUACAUAUGGUCCUGAUACGAUUGCUCCUUUUGAUGAGGGAACAGUGGCUACUCAUAGCUGUAAUGAUGGUUUCACGCUGGGUGCCGGAUCUGAGGUUCGAACGUGUUUAGCCGGAGGGAGAUGGUCUGGCUUUAUUCCUGUGUGCCGACAGCAAUGUCCAGCACUGGAACCCAUUCCAAACGGAGCUAUUACAUAUACUCCUGAUAUGAUGGCUGAUUUCAAUGUGGGAACAUUGGCUUUAUAUAGCUGUGAUUUUGGUUUCAUUCUGGUUGGAUCUGAGUCUCAACUGUGUAUAGGUGGAGGGAUAUGGUCUGGUCAGCCUCCUGAGUGCCAACCGCAAUGUCCAGAACUGGCACCCAUUCCAAACGGAGCUAUUUCAUAUGGUCCUGAUAUGACUGCCGAUUUUGAUGAGGGAACAGUGGCUACUCAUACCUGUAAUGAUGGUUUUAUUCUGGGUAUCGGAUCUGAGACUCGAACGUGUUUAGAAACAGGGAGGUGGUCUGGCUUCACUCUUGUGUGCCGAGCGCAAUGUCCAGAACUGCCAAGCUUUCCAAACGGAGCUAUUACAUAUUUUCCUGAUUUUAUUCCUGAUUUUAAUGACGGAACAGUUGCUACAUAUAGAUGUAAUCCUGGUUUCUUUCUGGUCGGAAUUCCAACUCGAACGUGCUCAAUCUCAAGUACUUGGGCUGGCCAGCCUCCUGUGUGCCAACCGGUGGAAUGUCCAGCACUGCCAUCCAUUCCAAACGGAGCUAUUACAUAUGGUCCUGAUACAAUUGCUCCUUUUAAUGUGGGAACAGCGGCUACUCAUAGCUGUAAUGAUGGUUUCAUUCUGGGUGCCGGAUCUGAGAUUCGAACGUGUUUAAUCUCAGGAAUAUGGUCUGGCCUGACCCCUGUGUGCCGAGCGCAAUGUCCAGAACUGCCAAGCUUUCCAAACGGAGCUAUUACAUAUUUUCCUGAUUUUAUUCCUGAUUUUAAUGACGGAACAGUUGCUACAUAUAGAUGUAAUCCUGGUUUCUUUCUGGUCGGAAUUGCAACUCGAACGUGCUCAAUCUCAAGUACUUGGGCUGGCCAGCCUCCUGUGUGCCAACCGGUGGAAUGUCCAGCACUGGCACCCAUUCCAAACGGAGCUAUUACAUAUGAUACGAUUGCUCCUUUUAAUGUGGAUACAGUGGCUACUCAUACCUGUGAUCCUGGUUUCAUUCGGGUGUUCGGAUCUGAGACUCGAACGUGUUUAGCUGGAGGGAUAUGGUCAGGCCUGAUUCUUGUGUGCGGACCGGUGGAAUGUCCAGCACUAGAUCCCAUUCCAAAUGGAGCUAUUACAUAUGAUCCUGAUACGAUUGCUCCUUUUGAUGAGGGAACAGUGGCUACUCAUAACUGUAAUGAUGGUUUCACGCUGGGUGCCGGAUCUGAGGUUCGAACGUGUUUAGCCGGAGGGAGAUGGUCUGGCUUUAUUCCUGUGUGCCGACAGCAAUGUCCAGCACUGGAACCCAUUCCAAACGGAGCUAUUACAUAUACUCCUGAUAUGAUGGCUGAUUAUGAUGUGGGAACAUUGGCUUUAUAUAGCUGUGAUUUUGGUUUUAUUCUGGUUGGAUCUGAGUCUCAACUGUGUGUAGGUGGAGGGAUAUGGUCUGGUCAGCCUCCUGAGUGCCAACAGCAAUGUCCAGAACUGGCACCCAUUCCAAACGGAGCUAUUUCAUAUGAUCCAGAUAUGACUGCUGAUUUUAAUGUGGGUACAGUGGCUACUCAUACCUGUAAUGAUGGUUUCAUUCUGGGUAUCGGAUCUGAGACUCGAACAUGUUUAGACACAAGGAGGUGGUCUGGUUUCACUCCUGUGUGCCGAGCGCAAUGUCCAGCACUAGAACCUAUUCCAAACGGAGCUGCUAUUACAUAUUUUCCUGAUUUUAUUCCUGAUUAUGAUGACGGAACAUUGGCUACAUACACUUGUGAUCCUGGUUUCCGUCUGGUCGGAAUUGCAACUCGAACGUGCUUAAUCUCAAUGACAUGGUCUGGCCAGCCUCCUGUGUGUGAACCUCUGUGUCGUGCAUUGCCAGCCAUAGACAAUGGAAGGGUUCAAUACUCGCCUGACUUCAUCCCUGAUUUUAACGUGGGUACUGAGGCCACGUACACUUGCAACUUUGGGUUCCGUUUGAUUGGACAGAUGGUUUUAGAGUGUGAAGGAACUGGACUAUGGUCGGAUGUGUCUCCAUCGUGUGAAGCGGUGGAAUGUCCAGCACUGGCACCCAUUCCAAACGGAGCUAUUACAUAUGAUACAAUUGCUCCUUUUAAUGUGGAUACAGUGGCUACUUAUACCUGUGAUCCUGGUUUCAUUCGAGUGUUCGGAUCUGAGACUCGAACGUGUUUAGCUGGAGGGAUAUGGUCUGGCCUGAUUCUUGCGUGCAGACCGGUGGAAUGUCCAGCACUAGAUCCCAUUCCAAACGGAGCUAUUACAUAUGGUCCUGAUACGAUUGCUCCUUUUGAUGAGGGAACAGUGGCUACUCAUAGCUGUAAUGAUGGUUUCACGCUGGGUGCCGGAUCUGAGGUUCGAACGUGUUUAGCCGGAGGGAGAUGGUCUGGCUUCAUUCCUGUGUGCCGACAGCAAUGUCCAGCACUGGAACCCAUUCCAAACGGAGCUAUUACAUAUACUCCUGAUAUGAUGGCUGAUUUCAAUGUGGGAACAUUGGCUUUAUAUAGCUGUGAUUUUGGUUUCAUUCUGGUUGGAUCUGAGUCUCAACUGUGUAUAGGUGGAGGGAUAUGGUCUGGUCAGCCUCCUGAGUGUCAACCGCAAUGUCCAGAACUGGCACCCAUUCCAAACGGAGCUAUUUCAUAUGAUCCAGAUAUGACUGCUGAUUUUGAUGUGGGUACAGUGGCUACUCAUACCUGUAAUGAUGGUUUCAUUCUAGGUAUCGGAUCUGAGACUCGAAUAUGUUUAGACACAAGGAGGUGGUCUGGCUUCAUUCCUGUGUGCCGAGCACAAUGUCCAGAACUGCCAAGCUUUCCAAACGGAGCUAUUACAUAUUUUCCUGAUUUUAUUCCUGAUUUUAAUGACGGAACAGUUGCUACAUAUAGAUGUAAUCCUGGUUUCUUUUUGGUCGGAAUUGCAACUCGAACGUGCUCAAUCUCAAGUACUUGGGCUGGCCAGCCUCCUGUGUGCCAACCGGUGGAAUGUCCAGCACUGGCACCCAUUCUAAACGGAGCUAUUACAUAUGAUCCUGAUACGAUUGCUCCUUUUGAUGUGGAUACAGUGGCUACUCAUAGCUGUAAUGAUGGCUUCAUUCGGGUGGUCGGAUCUGAGAUUCGAACGUGUUUAGCUGGAGGGAUAUGGUCUGGUCUGAUUAUUGUGUGCCAACGACAAUGUUCAGCACUGGAACCCAUUCCAAACGGAACUAUUACAUUUGCUCCAGAUAUGAUGACUGAUUAUGAUGUGGGAACAGUGGCUACAUAUAGCUGUGAUUUUGGUUUCAUUCUGGUUGGAUCUGAGGCUCAACUGUGUAUAGGUGGAGGGAUAUGGUCUGGCCAGCCUCCUGAGUGCCAACCUGGUUGUGAAGCGGAGAUAUACCAGAGUCAUUCUUGGCCCAACACGGCACUAGGGUCUACUGCACUGUCCCCUUGUCCAUGUGUUGAAGUAUUGGGUGUGUUCGCAGGGAAUGUCAGCAGACAGUGCUCUGGGUCAAUCAGUGAGGGAGGGAUCUGGAAGGAUGAGCUUGACCUCAGCAGCUGUGAGACUACACUUUCAGACAUAUCCCGGGAAUUGUGUGAGAUUACAAGCGGACUCUCAUCAAAUAUGACAACUCAAGCGUCCAAUCAGAUUGCCAACAUCACAUCCAAACCUCAAAAUCUGACUGCAAGUCAGAUCACCUUGGUUACUGCAAUAGUAGAGCAAGUAGCAGAAGAAGCUGCUGUCAACCAAGAGGUGAGGGACAACUAUCUUCAAACAAUCAACAAUAUUCAGCAAGCCGAUGUUGACGUCAUCUAUGAGAGCCAGCUAGCAAUGAAUUCAUCAACAAGGAUUCUUGCAAGCCUCGAAACAUUUCUGGACAAUCUCAAUACUUCAACUGUUUCCAGAAACUCCACAAGCAAUCAGACUGUUUUAAGUUUUGAAACAUUUGCUAUGACAGUGCAAGAUUUAGAUCCUGACAGUUUCCAGGGCCAGACAUUUGUUGUUGAUUUAGGCCCUGUCGAAGAGGCAGUGAACAAUACUGGCGUUAUCGACCAAGAUGAUCUGAUGAUGGCUAAUGAUUACACAGCUGAUAACAGAUCAAAUAUUGAUUCCCUUAGUGAAGACACCGAAAACUCAACAGCCUCUCUACGCUUAAGCCCUUUGAUUCUUGAAGAAUGCCCUACAACAAACCGUUCACUUCGGCAAAGAUUAAGUUACUCUGUUUUUUUGUCUGAUGUACUUUUCCUUCCUGAGGACAGAAGUACUAAUCAGGUGGGAUCUAUUGUGGUGGCUGCAAGACUAGCUUGUCUGCAGACCAACAAGUCAGUGCUCACAGUACCAGUACGGACUAGCUUUCUGAUCAGGAUGACGAAUAAUAUCGAAAACAGUAGCUGUGCUCUGUAUAAGACUCAAGGUCAGUUUGGAGCUUGGGACACUGCUGGAUGUAAAGAGAUAACCAGUUCCAAUGGGAGAAAAGAUUGCGAAUGCAGACAAUUGGGCCACUUUGGAAUACUCUUUGAUUUGAAUCCAACGUCAUUACCUGAAAACCUUGCAAUUGCUUUGAGCACCAUCACAUACAUUGGCCUGGGCUUGUCUGCAAUGUGUCUUCUGGUAUUCAUAUUCACCAUUUUUAUCAGCAAGAAACUCCUCGCUGAUAAACAGAACCAGAUUCUCAUCAACAUCAGUAUUUCACUGAUGUUUCUGUACUUCACCUUCCUCAUUGGAGGGUUCACUGUUGGUGUCCCACCUCUAUGUGGGCUCAUGUCUGCCCUCCUGCAGUACUUCUUCCUAGUGUUUUUCUCCUGGUCGGCUGUAGAAGCUGUCUGGCUCUACCUCAAACUGGUAGUGGUAAUGGGAUCUCAGUCCCUCACCUCCAAGUUCAUGCUGAAGGCUGGAAUUCCAGCUUGGUUGCUGCCCUUUAUAAUUGUUGUCAUCAGUGCGGGGGCGGGACACCAGUACUACAGCAACCCAUACUACUGUCGUCCUACUGAAUGGCCUUUCUAUUUUGGAUUCAUUCUUCCUUUUGUCAUCAUCUACGUACUCAACUGGAUCGUGUUUGUUGCCAUCAUGGUGUCCAUUUGCAAGCAUUUUAGAAACCUGCAGUCACUAAACGAGAGCUCCGUACGUCAAAAGUUGAGGAAUAUUAAGAAGAAUUUGGUCAUUACAAUGUGUCUAUCAGUUGUACUUGGUCUGGGUUGGGGCCUUGGACUAGUAUCAACAAGCUCUGGUCUUGUGGAGCUGUCAUUCACAUUCCAAGUGAUAUUCUCGAUCUUUGUCGGCUCUCAAGGUGUGCUGAUUUUUAUUAUAUAUGGCCUUCGAAGCACUGAAUUCCGCCAGAUAUGGAUAAAACUCUUUAGUGACUGUCGAUUAAACACUGAUAGCUUUGUGUCCUCUGAGAAAGGACGCACUAAUCCACAAGAUACUUCUAGCACUGUCGGAGUGGAGUUAUCGAGCAUGAACACAUUACCAAGCAAGCAGUGUUCCCCACGCAAUGAAGAAAAGAACUAACUUAAUUAAAAAGAGGCAAGAUAAAGUAAAUAGCUGAGUUUAUAGCCGCAUAAGUUAGCUACAUGUAAUUAAAUAGAAAGUUGAGACACUUAUAUCGCGUAUAAUUAUAGCACGAUAAAAUUCUGAAAUAC